UGUGCCGAGUCGAAGGAACGUGGACCGCUUGUGUCUUCUCGGUAUACAGUAAUGUAGAAGUUCGAGGAACAAUAUUUUUGCUCAUCUCGUCGAUCACAACAUUAGACGAUUGAUCAUGCCCGACCAUCGUUGAUCGAGCGUCGUCGCAUCGAACCCGUGUGUUCCUCCGAGCCCGAUCGCGUUCAACGUCGAAGAUCUCCGAGUGCGAAGAAACUGUCCGUGCGAAGGACGAAAGUGUGAAAGCGUACUGCUCGCUGCUACUUGCGCGAGGAAACAUAUCUGCUAGGUUUUUCUGCAGUGCAUUCGGAGGAUCCGACGUGCGGCUGCACGCACCUCGUAAGGAACGUUCACGCCCGACCGAUCAACCGAUCGGGGGAAUAUUCUCGACUCGACUAAUUAACACGGGCACGCGGUGUGUAACAGUAACGUUUGUACACGGGGCAUUUCACGAGAAUCGGAAAAAUAAUCGCCGCUGGACGAGCCUCGACGACCACGACGACGGAACAGAAUUUUCUACGAGGAAUCGUGUGAACUCGUAUGACACUUGUUAUCGUGACGAAUCUCUGGCCACAGAAGGUUGGAAUACCGUGUUCACGAUCGGACCGCGAGCUCCUCCCGCGAGUAAAAGUUCGCAGCAUCGUGGUAAAUCGACACGACGGUAAAAGUGAUUUUCGACCAUGUCCAGACUCACGUUGUGACCAACAACGAUUCUCAUGGUAAAUCGACCGCGACCGUACAAAACCCUGUUCUACGAUAUUCGAACGCGUGACGUUCUUCUUUCUGCACCUCCUCGUCCUCUGUCGUCGUCUAUAAAUAAUUCUCUCGCUAGUGGCGAGUGGGUACAAAAUGCCAGUUUUCCUGCCAGCCAGAAUAAUUCCAACCUGAAAGUGACUACCACGCAAAGUAACAACAAAAUGACGGCCAAGGGGAUCUUGAUCUGCCGUGACAAUUCGCAUCCUUUCCAAGAGCGCACGUUGUCGUUGGACCAGCCGGUUAAGAUCGGCCGCUCCGUAGCGAGAGCCAGAGCCACUCCGAACAACGCGAUCUUCGAUUGCAAGGUACUCUCCAGGAACCACGCGUUGCUCUGGUACUCCGGGGGCAAGUUCUUUCUACAAGACACCCGCAGCAGCAACGGAACGUUCGUCAAUAAUCAGAGACUGAGCGCGACCGGUCUAGACUCGGCACCUAAAGAGGUAUGUUCCGGUGACAUAGUGCAGUUCGGGGUAGACGUGGUAGAGAGUACGAAGAAGGUCACCCACGGGUGUAUAGUAGCAACGUUGAAAUUGUAUUUGCCAGACGGGAAGGAAGCCAAAGCUAGUCUCAGUACGUCGGUAUCGUUGCCGGUGAACAACGUUUCCCUGGAGGACGUGUACAAGCUGAACCAAGUGAUGCAGGAAGCGUCCAGGCGCGAGAGAGUGCUUUAUUCUAAGUUAGUGUACCUUGAACAGAUCGUAGGAAAUACCAAGAAAGCUGCCAAUCAAUCUUGGAAGGCGCUGAUCAUAGAGGAUCGUUUGCUGUCGUGGGUAGAGAGCAUGGAGAGCCAGUUGGCCGUUUAUUCCUCGAAUUACACGGAGGACAAGAUUCGGAACGACUUGGUAGCGCUCCACGAGGAGAAAGUACAAUAUCAGAACGCGGCCAAGGAGGCGUUACAGAAGGUGUUACAGGAGAAAUUGGAAGUGACGCAGAGACUGGUUCAAUUGGAGGGACGUUUGAACGAGACGGAGGAGGAGUGUCAGAGUCUUCACAACGUGGCCAAGUACACGGAGACCGAGCUGCAGGAAUUGUGCAGCAAGUACACGGAAGCCCAGAAGAAGCUUCAAGAGGCCACGAACAAGCUGAAGGAUACCGAGGAGAGCAUGCAAGACAUGGUACAAAGAUCGGAACAAGAGAAGCAGGAAUUGUUGAAGAGACUGGAGGAUCAGUCGAAGACGGAGAAGAAUCUGCAAGCGAGACUGCGCGACUCCCGUUUGCACUCUGUCAACGUUUACAAGCAGAUCACUGCCCUCAGAAAUUACAUGCAGAUUCUACAGGACAUGAACUCGAAGCUGGUGACCAGCGACACGAUGGAAUCGAAGGACGAGGAGAAUCCCAUCGAAGCUAUCAACGUCAUUCUGAACAAGCUCAACUCCAUUCACGUCGACAACAUGGACAUCGACUCGGAGACCAAUUUCUAUCCGUCGAAGGACGAUCAGGACAAUCAACUGAACUCGCAGGACAUCGAUUACAAUCAGUUGAAGAAUUCCGACUACUCGUUCUCGAAGGAACAGCUGGACGACUCGAUAAGCGAGAACGACGAUAACGUGACGGAAUACAUCUUACCGCCACCGUCUCGGAGGACUUUGGUCAACGGAAAAGCGAACGUAGACAACGCGGACGUGAACUCCGAAUCCGAUGCCAAUUCGGACGCGACCGACGACACGUGCAGCGUCACCAGCGACGAUAUGAGCGAGAAAUCGGUCGUCGAAGUUAAGAAGGAGGAGCCUCUGUACAAAGUGGUCGAAGAGAUUUUUGUACCUACGAAGAUGGAAGUGAGAUUCGCGUGCGAGGAGAACAGUAACGAAUUGGGAACGUCCGAUUCGUCCGGAGCUGGCCAGAGACCGAAGAACCAAGCCGACGAGGCGGUGGAAAUAAAUGUCGACGGCACGGACAGUGCCGUCUCGUACGAUCCGACCACCGAGAUCGAUCAACGCGAGAAGAGAGACGAGGCGAGGACGGACAAGGAUAGCGGUGAACUGGCCGAAGAAUGCCAGGGAGAUCAUCUGGAAGGAGACUACGUGAAGACGUUGAAGCCGUUGUCCAAGAGCGACAGUGCACAGCAGAUCGUGCACACGAGGGAGUACAUGUUGCAAACUCUGAUAGGAUCUUUGGAUUCGUUGAAGACCGAGGACGAUCUCGAGUCGCAGCAGGUGAUCAGGAAGGAGUUGGAAAGUUUGAAGGAGUGGUUGAUCUGCGAGCCACACGAGGAGAUCGUUGAGAAAUUAAAACAAUUUUAUUACCGUGCCAAGAACGAAGCUCAACGGAUACAGGAGCUCCACGAGGAGUUGGUCAUUUUGAAGGAGAGGUUUAACUCGUUCGUCGAGGAGAAGGCGGAGCUGUCCAAGAAAUACGCGGCUCUCAAAGCACAAUGUGGUGAUCUGUUGAACACAACUUACACAGUACCGAUACAUUACGUGGCUCCGAUCGCGAUCAUACUGAUAUGGAUGCUGCUUGAAAAAAUAUUUUAAUUGUUUCAUUCAGAUAUUCUCUAUGUACAUAACUUUUACCCUAUCGGUUGAUAUUCGAAUUUCUUUUCUUUUUUAUAUCGCUCGUUGAUGGCUCUCGAGGAAGGAGACGAACAUAAACUGUGGUGUGUGUGUAUACGCGCGUGUGUGCGUAGUUUCAACGAGAAAUUUAAACAUUUUUAUACGGACGAAAAUAGUAAGAAUUGUAUGUAUAUAUUUUUCCGACGCCGUCGUUAAAGCACCAAUCACGAGAAGAUCCCUCGGCGUCAAGAAGUACUACUCGUGUACUAUGUUACCAUUUAUGAAGGAACACACACACACACACGCGAAAGAAGAAAACGGAGAAAAACAAACGAGGAACCAAAAUCAAAUAUAAAACAGAGAUUUGUAGCAAUAAAUAUGUACAUAGAAGGAAAGAUUAGAUUAGGAGAAACGUAUUAGAGGAAGUAUAGACAAUACCAUGUAAAAUGUUCAACAUGCUGCCAAUCUCGAUAUCAUAUCUUCUUUAAAAAAAAACAACAACAACAACAACAAAAGAGA